CACAAAAGGAGCGACAGUUUGGUUUUUCAUCUCUUGAGUUUCUUUCCAUAUAUGCAAAAAGAAAAAAAGUAAAUUUAAAUAUAGAGCUCAAUUUGGAAAAAUUUAAAAAUCCAUUAACUGAAAAAUAUAAUAAGGUGAAAAAUGGCUGGAGUCACAGCAACAAUGGUCCAGACCACCCGCGUUAUGGUUCGCACCGCAUUGGGUUCGAGGGUUUUUGGCUCCGCCCAGGUGCGAUUUGUGUCGUCACCCUCGCCAUCGGAUACAGCCAAGCGUGCUAUCGACGAGCUGAAGAACGCUGGGAACCAAAUUAAAGAGAAAGCAGCGACUCACGCAGGCUAUGUGGCGAACCAAUCGAAAGCUGCCGCCGGAGCGACGGAGAACAUUACCGAGAAAGCAAAGCAAUCAGCACAGGAAGCUUGGAGCGCCACCAAGGACGCCGCCCAGAAAGUGCAGGAUACGGUGGCUGGAAAAGCCGAGGCAUCUGCCGAUGCUGUCAAAGAUCAUAUCGAAGCUGCAAAACGCACCAUGAACACCAAAAAAUAAAGAUUGCAUCAAAUAUGGUUAUUUUUGGUGCACUUUUGUUUAAUAUUUUGAAUUUAUAUAUAAUUACUAAAAUGAAGCUUAUGAGGAGGUAUGGGCUUGAACUUAGCCACCCCUCGAUGGUGCUUGUCUAUGUAUUUUACUUCUUCUUCUUCUUCUUUUUUUACAUGUAUAUAUACUAAAAGAUUGUUCUAAAUUCUGAUUUUUAUAAUAACAGUUUGUAUAUUAUUAAGGAAUAAUGAUUUAUAAAGAUAACAAAC